AUGCCGAACACCAAGACCAUCCGUGUGCCUCAUCUGUUUGGGACAGAUGCUGCAUACCAGAUGCCCCGUCUUUACGAUCCGUCGAAGCCAACAUGUGUCUUGAUCAACUCGUUCACCAUGACAUCGGACCUCUACGCCUCCCAGUUCCAGAAUGAGGAGCUUGUGAAUGCAAUGAACUUGCUCGCGGUCGAACCCUACGGACACGGCCAGACGAGAACCAGCACAGACACUUUCACUUACUGGGACACUUCCAUCAUGAUCCUUCAAGUCCUUGACGCCCUCGGAAUCAAAGGCAAAGUCUUCGCUCUCGGUACAAGCCAAGGUGGUUGGAUUGUAGUGCGCAUGGCUCUGCUACAACCCGAUCGCAUAGCCGGCAUCCUUCCGUUAGGAACCAGCAUGGACUACGAAAGCGAUCGCACGCGCAAGCUAGGCAACUUCGAUGCCAUCACAGUUCUUACAAAGCCGAUCGACGAGCUUACAUCUCAGAAGCCCACGCCAGAAUUCGUGAUGCCAGAUUACUUCCGCGAGUUCUCCAUCUAUACCGGGUUUGGCAAAGGCAUUAGCCAAGCCACUUUGGAUUUCUGGUGGAAAGCUCACGGCGAGAACUACAAGGGCGACGACGGACGGAGGCGGUUGAGGGAGUGUACGGUCAAUCUUCGUGAUCGAGAUGGUUUGCAUGCGAGGUUGGGCAAUGUGAAAUGCCCUGUGUUGUGGCUUCAUGGAACGAAUGAUGCUGCGUACGGAACUGGUAAUGCGAAGGAGGAGAUUGAAAUGUUUACUGGGUCGUCUGAUGCGAGGUUGCAGGUCGUGGAGGGCGGAGAGCAUUACUUGAGUGCUAGUCACCCGGAGGUUGUUGAUAACGCUGUGUUGGAGUUCGUCAGGAAGUACUCGUAG